AUGGGGAAUGGUAAGACACUUUACAUAUUAUUGCAUCCCUUUUUUUUAUUAUAUUCCAAAGAUAGGUACUCAGUUUAGAUCUAAAAAAAAAUAAAAGAAGCGGUCGAUCGAGUAGAUUUGAAGUUAAACCUGAUAAUUGACAUGCAUUUUGGUUGAUUGUUUUUUUGUGACAAAUUUUUUUUUGUCACAAAAUUUUUCAAUUUGAAUAUUACAUUAGAUAGGUGUUUUUUGAUCAGAGCAGUGAUAGUAAAUUAUUGGAGAAGGUGAACUGUCAAGUAACAAGUAUCUUGUGGCUAAUUUAUCUAAGUUCAAUAUUAAAGCAGAGCUUUGCAAGUGUUGCAUUGCUCCAGAUCCAUAAAUAUAAAAAAAAAAAAUUAAAAAAUAAACAGAAUAAGUGUUGUUUGGUUUAAAUUAGUUCCCCUUUAUUAAGACAGAGUUGUAGGAUUAUUUAUUUUAUCUGUUCAUAAUGCUGUAUGUUUAAUGUACUAAUGGAUAGCCAUGCUUUUCUUGUUUAUAGCUACGAACUCGAGUGAUGAUCAACUUCUCUGGAUAUAUGAAGCUAUCCGAAUUGUAGACCUGACCUGCCUGGUCAUCUACUGUGUGGUAUUUGUGCUUGGGAUCCUGGGCAACAGCCUGGUUAUCUAUGUAACAGGCUACAGGAUGAAGAGGACAGUCAACUCGGUGUGGUUUCUCAACUUGGCUCUCGCUGACUUCCUCUUUACAGCCUUCCUGAUUUUUUCUAUCAUUAGUUUAUCUCAGAACACACAGUGGCAAUUUGGAAGAUUGAUGUGCAAGCUCAACAGUUUUGUGAGUGUUGUCAACAUGUUUGCCAGCAUCUUUGUUCUGACAGCCAUAAGUCUGGACCGUUGCUUGUCGAUCUGGGUAGUGGUGUGGGCACAAAACAAACGCACAGUCUGCAAAGCUCAGGUCAUAAGUGCUGUCAUCUGGGUGACAGCUGUGAUAUGCAGCAUCCCUUAUGCCACAUUUCGUGACGUUACAGAGCAUCAGGGGAUGCUUUUCUGCAGUUCUUCAGCAUCCAAAACACAACGUUACAAUCUCAUGAUUUUCCGAUUUGUGAUAGGCUUCCUGAUUCCAUUCCUGUUAAUAUUUGUCUCCUAUGUGGCCAUUGCUGUUCGAGCAGGGCGCCUGCAAAGAACCAGGAGAAGGAGAUCUCGCAAAAUCAUUUUUUCCAUCGUUCUUGCAUUCUUCAUCUGCUGGUUGCCGUUCCAUGUUGUGCAGUUUAUACAGUCCACUGAAAACCCAAAUCUCUUUGUUGCUGUAAGGAUCGCAGGACCUCUGUCAGGGAGUUUGGCCUUUCUCAACAGCUGCUUGAACCCCAUUCUCUAUGUGUUCAUGUGUGAUGAAUUUCAGAAGAAGCUCAAGGAGUCCAUAUGUUCAGUCUUAGAGAGUGCACUAGCAGAAGACCAUUUGUCAUAUAUGUCCAGUCGCUCAUUAUCUUCACAACUUUCUCGGAUUUCCCGUAAGUCUGAUGCCGCUACACCUUUGGACGCAAAAGGCUCAACAUCGAAAUUCAAAUUUGCAGAGUGCAACGUCCUCAGCACUGAAGAGAAAAAGUCUGAGAACUUCUAA